AACAGUUGUUUUGGGGAUCACAAUGUUAUAAAAACAUCAAUAUUAGGACCAUGAUGUCAACAUCUAUCUAUUUGUAGAUAUUUUUAAUCUAUAUCAACAUUUCAACGAAAAUAAACAAGGUCAAUCCUACUUCCGACCCGUUUCCACAUUUACCUUAAAUUAACCACUUCCGGAUUCAGAUAUAGAGUUUACAAGUGGCAUUAGUUAAGAAUGGCAAUAGGAACCUCUUGAGAAAUCUGCAAAUGGGAAGUUCACAACCAGUAAUACUAUUGGUGCUUCUUAUUCAACAAGUAUACUCAGUAUGUCAGAAUGGAGACUGUGGAUGGAAAGCUUCUUGUGUGAACAAUAGUUGUGAAUGUCCUGUCAAUUAUACAUUAUACUCAAACCAGUAUGAUUGUGUUCAAAAUGGUUGCACACAUGAUGAUUGUUUAGAAUGUGAUUCACAGUUAAGAUGUAUCAGGUGUUCAAAGUUUAUAGAUGAAUUGACGAGGGCAUGUUUAGAUAAGUGUGUAGGUGAAACAAAAGUUAUUAGUGAUGGUCUGCUGCAAGGAAAUGUUUGUAAACAGACAGAAUCUACGGACAGUACAGAGUUAAUAAUAGCUGUGGCAUGUGGUGUGGCUGGAGGUGUUAUACUUUGUAUAGUUGUAACAUUAAUAUUCUACUGUCAUUAUAAACAUACAAGAAAGAAGAUAAACCUACAGCAACAGAAGUAUAAACCACAAAAUAUGCAAUUAGGAAAUCUAACACAGAUACCAGUGUUUGACAAUAAAGGCUUUGGAAGGGUAAAGAAAGAGCAAAAAGAUGAGAAUGAUGUUUUGAUGGGAUCCAGUGCAAUAGAUAAUGAAAACUACCACAAAGAACUACAAAAACUGAUGCCACAAGCACCAACCUUAUUAGCUAUACUUAACAAUAUCAGAUCUCGACUCCGAUCCAUGGAUUUGAAUGAUCCACGUGUUCCUACCUACAGAGGUGUAAUUCACCAGCUGUGUAGAGUAUUGGUGCUAUUAAACAAAACAGACCCUAGAGCCAGUAUUCCUUCAGAUGCCCCAGGACUGCUUCAAUGGGCACAACAAAUGUUAGAAGAUUACCAGAUGGAUGUACAGGAUCAUCACCUGUCUGGAGGGUCAGAUGAGACACCCGUCAGCAAAAUCUCUUACAUAGAUGUUCCUGUUGAGCAACAGAAAUCUCACCAAUAUGCCGUGCCCCAACUCAACAACAUAACAAAGGAAGAGGAACGGCCUGUCCAUCAUCAUCAACCAUUUCAUCAUAGUCAACAAAGUUCCCUGUCUCACCACUCUGAUACUGGGUAUUAUAGCAGUACUCCCGUCCCUGUGGAAUAUCGCAGCACCACUCUACCGCAUGCACAGAUCAAUUCAUCAUUCACCACAUUCACUUCCAAAAAACAGAAAAAGCAUGAUCCUCGGCUUGUUCGUAGCUCUACUAAUAUUGCGCAAUACCCCAGGGACAAUUCACAGGGUUAUUUUGCUAAUGGACGGUAUUAUGAUCCUUCACCGAAACCUGAAGUUUAUGCACCUGCAAGUUCUUACAGUGACCGUGACAAUAAAGUCAUGUCCACAUUUCUUUCAGAUCUUCCACCGGACCCAGGUUCUAGUGCCUCAUCUUCAGACAGCUCAUUAUAUGUUGAUGCUGAAGAAAAUGAUAACAAUGAGCUUGACAGUUUACCAGAAGACGAGGUGUUACCUUUUAAUCCUGAGGAAGCAACAGAUCCAGUAGAGGUCUAAUAUCAGAGUCAUCAAUCAAACUGUCUUCUGCUGAAAAUUUACAUUUUUAUCUAGCUGCAAAUUGUGAUAUACAGAUCUUUUCAGAGAGAUUAUUGGUGCAAAUUUUUCAGGGAUUUUAUUUUUGUAGCAAAAAGCUUUGACUGUGUACAAAUAUGAUUAAACCUAGAUCUUUGUUUACUCUCAUUCACCAAUUCAUGCUAGGCUAUGUUUUAAGAAAGAAGGGUGUUUGGAGAUUAGGUUUAUUAGAUUGAAUGUCUGCUGUACUUGUCAUUGUUCUUAAUAUAACAAUUGAAUGACAUUAUUGUAUUGUAUCAGUCUUAUUAAAAUGACAUUUUAGCUUGCCGUUCACUACACCUCAGGCACAAAGAUCCCAUAUUGACUGGGUCACAUUUCAAUUACUCUAGGUCAUGAAUAUUUGUUACAAAACAUUAAUUCAAUCAAAACCCAGCUCUUAAAUGAAAGUUCCACAAAAUAAUAAAGUUGAUACUGUACCAGUAAUUUCCCUUUUAUAAUCAUAUUUCCAAAAAGCUGGAAGCAGGAAUAUGAUUGGCCAGUAAAGGUUCAUUACCAGGAGUUGACAUGUGACCCCCAGGAGGUUGUUGUAAGAUGUUUGUGCUGAUAGCCUUGUGAACAGUUUGUAAUAAGAUUGAUAUUAUAUAGUAAAGAAAUUUCAUACUGUAAAAGAUCAUUGAGGCUAUUUUUAAUGAUUUGUGCAAAUACCUUGUUCUCAUGGAUACUUUUAAGGUUUUAGGUUUUGAUGUAUCUAUCAAAUUAGGACGAAAUAACAUUUUAUUGAAUAUCUACAUAGUGUAGUCCUAGUAAUCCACAAAUGUACUGUAAAUUCAGAAAUUAUUGUGUACGUUUAUUAUUGCGAUUAUUGAAGAAUGAACAAAAAUGCAAGUUUAAUUAUUGCAAUUUUAGAUAAAGCUUCAUACAUAUUUAUGUAUCAUAUAUCAGAAUGCAAGUUAUUAUAGCAAUACUCAAGGAGUUGCAUUACUCACAGAAAUAAAAACGUUGCAAUAAUUUCUGAAUUUACAGUUUUAAAGUAUUUCCUUAGAAUACCAAUUAGGCUGUAUAUCUUACUCAUAAAUAGUUAAAUAAUAACAAUUCAGUGUGUCUUGCUGAUAUAUAUAACAGCUUAGCAUCAUAUUCCAUUUUCAUCAUGUUCGUCUGAUAUUUUAUAACUAUUCCCAUCUACUUAAUACUGACCAUGUGCAGACACUUACCUUGCAAGGAUCAAACAACUAUCCUUUCUACUUUCAGUUUUGAUAAUUAUUAUGUUGUCAACUAAUGAAACUUCAGCCUCCAAAUUUUUGAAGGAGUUCACCAUUAUACUAUUACUAACUGCUGAGGGAUCCGAAAAAGGUCUUUACAACAGAAAGUGGCUUCCUAGACCAAUUAAGGUGGUACAUAACACUACAGGGAGAUAACUCUGUAAAAAUCAGCUGAACGUUUUAAUCACGUUCUAUUGUUAAGGAAAUAUUAAGCUUCUCAAUGAUCAAAAUUAGGGUUUGUCAAACUGCUAUAUAACCAAAGAAAUUUUUCUGAUAAAGUGGUUGGUUCAAAUUUUUUGAAAUUUUUAUAUUUUUGUCAAAGGGUCAAAGUAAACAUUUUGUCAAAAUUUUAGGAAAAUUAAACGAGCCAAAUUAAUGUUAGUCAAGGUGUUUGGUACCACCUUAAAUAUGGCUCCCAUAGUAUAGCCAAAUUACAUGAAAGUGGCAUUAAAUACCAACAUGAGCAAUCAAUCACAACUGAAAUUAAAUAGAGCGUUAUUAGAUCCUUGUAAGCAAAGCUUGAAUGCAUAUUAGUAUUUUAAUCAGAUUGUUUUAUAUGAACUUUUUUCUUAUAAGUUCAGCAUGGAUGAAUCUCAUCACUUUGUAUCAAAGUACAACAUUUUUGUUUUGUAGAAAAAAGAUUUUUUUUAGAACUGACCGUAUAAGAAAUAUUUUAGAAAUGAGAUAGUUAUGUCUUUCAUCAGAAGCCUAAGAUGUUUCAGUUGUAAGAGUAUUUUGUACAUAUAUCUAGGGAAAAAAGGGUUUGACAAAUAAAAUAAAUUUGCGCAAAAUCAUGGGUUUGUAGCUGUUAGUUACCUAAGUGUUUCUGACAUGAAGACAAUAAUUCUAAUUUUUGCCUGUCACCAAUCAUUUGAUUUUCAAUCUAAACUUUUUGUAAAUCACAAUUGUGAUCAAUGAAGUGUGCAUGCCUCUUUAUUUUGGGAGGGAACCCACCAAACUUUAUUUUAAAGGGAGGAUGGGAGAAUUGGAAGGGGAGUUACACCUAGUAGAAAAAGGAGUUUGGAUGGUAUUAACACUAAUUAGCUGACAUUGAAAUAACUUUUACAAAAUUUUCUGAUAAAAAGGAUGUUUAUGAUUGUUUUGGGGGUCCAGGAACCAUCCCUGUUUAUUACAAAGUUGAUAUAGCAUAUCUAUACAUUAACAGUGGCGGAUCCAGGGGUUGGGACCCCCCUUUUUUUUGACGAUCAGUGCAUUUGAAUGGGGACAUAUAGUUGGAACCCCCCCUCCCUUUAUCCUGGGUUAGGAACCCCCCCCCCCUUCCUUUUAUAAAUGGCUGGAUCUGCCCCUGAUUAAUAUUGUAGCUGAUUAAAUGAGCUCAAUAUUUAUUUCACCAUAGCUGUUUUCCAAAACUGUUUUAAAACUUUUAAUCAAUUUAAAGAAAAUAUUAAUAUGCUACCUAGUAUUAUUAGGUCUUUGUGAUAAGAAUAUUAAAAUGAUAUUUAUACAUUUUUAGGAAAAUAUAUAAUGAAUUCAUGGCAUCAUCUGGUGUCUUUAAUGUUUUGUUGUGAUAGAUCAGUAUUUUAGUAGAUUUUAGUCGGUGAAACAUUAUAAGUGUCUUUUUAUAAAUUCAUGUAAAUAACAAGAUUGUCAUUUGAGAACAUAUUUUAUAUAUUAGAGUCUAUCUUAUAUUCAUUUACAUAUCUGAAAUUGAAUGUGUAUCCUGAUUUUUUCAACGUUGAAUUUGAAUACACAAAUUUUGUACAUUUUUUUGCAAUCUCCAUGUAAUAUUACCAUUUAUAAUAAUAUGAUCAAUUAUUGUAAUGUUACUUGUUGAAGUAGAAUAUAAGUACAAUGAAAUACUUUUAUGAAUAUGCAAGAGGAAGCAUAAUAAAUGCAUGAAUAAUGUAAAGAUGUUAAAAACAUUGAAAAGACCAAGAAAACACUGAUUGCCAAUAGCAAAAAUAUUUGAUUCUAUACACAUGAGAAAAUCAGGAUAUCAGUUCAAAUUAUUAAAAUCAAAAUGUCAGAUCUUAUGAAUUUUAUUUUUGUGUAUGUCUACAAAAUUGUAAAACUUUACAUGUGUACAUACAUUUUGCUAGCUUGUUUUUUUAUGGUAUUGGUUGUGUUUUUUAAAGGGUAUAUUUAAAUGAAAUACAUACGCAAUAUUGUCAAGAUAUAUUUUUAAGUUUUUCAUGACAUUCCAUUACAGGAAUCUAAACCAGAAUUAAUCAUGUGAUUAUUUUUAAAGACCCAAAUGUUCACUAUGCAAGAAAAACAUUAAAAAACUUCAUAAAUCUUCAAUGUUGUAAAAAAAAUUAAACAAAUUCUGAAAGGCUUUUCCUUCUGGUGCCCAAGUAUUUUCUAGUAACACCAAAGCAGUUUCCCUAUGAUAAAUGCACCUCGUUGAAAACUAAUUUUAUUUAAAAAACCUAUUCAGAAUGCUCCAUGGUACAAUAUAUAAGGGUCUGCAGGGAAUUUCAAUAAUGAUAUUUGUUCAACAGUUUGUCAGUUUCAAUUUUUUUACUUGCAAAUAUUUGACUGCAAUUUGAUUAUGGUCUGGCUAAUUAUUAAUGCAGAUUAAAGGUAAACUGAUAUUUUGCUUUGACCUAUUUUCUAUAAAAAGUUUAAUUAUAACAUUGAAAAAUUAUUAUCAAAUUCCUGAUCAUUUUUGUAUGAUUGUAUUAUUAUCACUCUUUCUCUCUAAAAUUGAACCAGUAACAGAUACAAAGUUGUUUUAUUGAGAUCAAUUUUAGUGGCCAGGUGUUACAACAUCUGCUAAACAAUUAUGUAAAACAGAAAUUAUCUCAAUCUUAUACUGAGUAGCCAAGAGUUUUAGUCUGUAAUUCUGAUUUUUAGGGGUAUUUGUAUUCAAAAUGUAACUAUCGCUUUUAAUCUAACAAAUGCACUUGCUGCUAUAACCAGUUCUGAUUUUUAAUUGUAACUUAGUGUUUAAAUCAUAUACAAAAAGAAAGAUAAUUGUUGUUGCUUAUGUAACAUCCAGUGUAAAAAAAGAUAGAAAUAUAGCAAUACUUUACUAGAUACCACUGCUGGCACAUAGCCCUCAAAAAAGCUUUUGUUCCCAUUUAACUGUCCAGGUGCGGAUCUAGGAUUUUGAAAAAAGGGAGGCUCUGGCAAGACAGCUUGUUUAAAGGCUUUGCAUUUAUCUCAUAUAAAGGUCUAUAAGUGUGAGGGGAAAACACCCCAUCUUAAAUCCACCUCUGCUGUAAAUUCAUAAAUUUUACAUUUAUUAUUGCUAAUGUUGAACAAUGUUAAAAAGAUGCAAGAUUAAGGGAUCAACCAUUUAACUUCCAAGGGGGUUUAUGUUUUUUUUGUCUGAUUCAGAAUAUUUUUUUUGUCAUCUGCUUGACCACAAUAUUUUUUUUCAUCAAAUUGGGGAUCAGAAUAUUUUUUUAGGAAAAAACCAUAACACGUUUUUAUAGUUGAGACACCUAUCCCAUUGCAAUUCUCACAAUAAUAAAAACAAUACAAAUGUUUCUGAAUUUACAAUACUUGUUUUUCACUAUGCAUUUUGUUAUCGAGUUACUUCACACUUCAGGGAUUUCUUCUUGUUUUAUAAAUUGUUGUACAUGUACGUUUUUAAAUGAAUGUUUAAAGGUUGUGUUAUUUUUACAUGGUUUUCUUUUACUUGUUUACAUUAUCAGGUAAAACAUUUUAAAACCUUAACUUUUACAUAUCAAUACUUGUUCUCUAUCUUUGUGCAACAGUGGUGCUAAAUUUGAUUUUUUAUUCUGUAAACCAUAACUUUCAUAAACAGCUGUCAGCUUUGCAAUAAUAAAAUGUGUAACCAAAUAA